GUAGCCCGCAGUGCUGGAAGUUACUAGUCUACUCCCACAUGAUUUGUCCUUUAUUAUGCUGCCGAAACUCUACUGAAAGCAACGUUAGCCUCUUUCUUUCUACAGGACACAAACAAUUUAAUAAAGCCAAUAGAAUGAUACAAAAAGGGUGUUUAUUUUAAGCUGGAAUCGACCCUUGUUUUUUUCUAAAGGGACAGAGCGGCAAGAGGAACCCUCGCCGCCCUCUUGUGCAGUAAAGGGGAAUGAAAACACCGUCGGACUGACGUAAUUGACGUAACGACGUCAGCGGAGCUUCCGGUUGUGAAGAGAUACAACUGUCGCGAGUGUCUGAGUGAGUUUAUUACAACUUACCUUGUUAAAGUUUUGGCCUCCAAGAGGGGUGAAGAGUGGAGGAGCCAUGCCUUUCCUCCAUGGGUUUCGUAGGAUCAUUUAUGAGUAUCAGCCACUGGUAGAUGCUGUCAUGAGUGUCGUUGGGCUGGAGGAAGCAGACAGUAGUGACAAGGACAGAGUCAGGAGCCCUGGGGAUCGGUCUGCUGUUUGUGGCUCUCUAGCGCAGCUCCUGGAGCGCGAGUCCCAGUCCGACAUGUUCGUGGAAGGCAUCGGCUACGCUCUGUUUAAGGUGGCAGAGCGGGGACUGGUGAAAGCAGCUGAAAUCCUCCUACGCUUUGGAGCUGAUCUCAAUUUUGAAGACCCAGUGUCUUACUACAAUCCUCUACACAUAGCGGUGUUGAGGAACAAGCCAAACAUGGUGAGGCUGCUGGUCGGGCAUGGAGCGAGUGUUGAAAGGAGAGACAGGAUCCAUGAGAGCAGUCCUUUGGAUCUUGCCGGUGAGGAGUCAGAGAGGCUCACCUGCCUGCUCACCCUGCUGGACCUGGGUGCUGAUGUGAAUGCAAUGGAUAAACAUGGAAAAUCCCCUCUGCUCCAUGCGUUGGCGAGCAGCGAUGGACUCACUGUGCACAACACGGAGAACAUCAAGCUUCUACUCCAGAGAGGUGCCGACGUUAAUGCUGCUACUGUCGACGGUGACACAGUCGAGUCGUCCUUGGUGUUUCUGGUGAAGGAGGCUCUGGAGGCCAACACAGAGGACGCUGCGGAGAUCGGUCACUUCUGCGUGAAAACCACGCAGCUCCUGCUGGCUCACGGCGUGGACCCCAGCUGCUGCCUGAAUGAGGACGGCGAGCCCUCCCUGACGCAGACGAGCCUGGAGCACUUUGACCUGCUCUUCCCUCUGGCCGUGCUCCUAAUCCAAAGCGGAGCCUCUUUCGUUUGCUCCUAUCACGGCGAGUCCUGUUGGUCAGGUCACAGCCUUCUUUUCCAGCGGCUGCAAACGGCGCUGCAGCAGUGCUCGGACCGAAGGCACAAUUCUGAGCUUCUGGAGCAAGCGGAGGUGUUGCUCGACUUCGCGAGGGUCGACGUCCCCUUGCUGCAUCUGCCGCUCGGACUGGAGCUCCCUGUGGCCGGUGGGGACCCUCACCCCUACGCUCAGGCUCUGGCAGACCUGCACGACCGCGUAGUACAAGCGAGCCCUCCUGCUCUCCGAUGCCUUUGUAGGGCCUUCAUAAGGAGCCACCUGCAGCCGUGGCCCCUGGCAGGCAGAGUCAAAGCCUUGCCAUUACCCGACAGACUGAAAGACUUUAUUCUCCCUGAACACACAUACACCCCAAAGCCUGGCUGGGACCGCUUCAAGCCCCAACAUAGCCAGCGCUGACGAUGUCGCGCUGUAAUAAUGUGUACAACAUUUCUGACCAUAAAUGAGCCUAAAAACUAAAAAAUCAUUGAGGCCUUUUUGUGUUGUUGUCCGUGUGAAAAUGAACAGACACAUGUGGAUAUAUUUACUUUAUGACACAAAGGUAUGCCUGUAAAAAUGACCUUGACUGAGUUCUCACUGGUUUGAUUUAACUCCUGGACAGUUGGAAUCAUAUUGGUGUGUUCCGGGAUCUGCAAUACCAAUAAGAGCCACCAGAUGGCAGUGUUGAUCUUGCGUCUCAAAAGCGCCUCAGAUGUCGGGGGUCAAAAGAUGUAGUUAUUCACAGUGCAGCCUAUUUAAGUUGUUCCAGUGCAGUAGGCUCCAUCUAUAUUUCAUCUCCUCAACGUGAUGGUGGUGCGUUGUGGUAUCCCCUGCUCAAUAUGAACCAUAUCGAACAAUGAAAGCUUGUACCAACCAGAAACCUGUGUUUGUCAACAUGUUCCAGCUUGACAAUGACCAGGCAGUGGCAGUGCAGCGCUGAAUGUGACUCAAACUUGUAAAUAAGGACAUAAUUGUUUCUAUAUUUACCUCGUGGUUGUGUUCAUCCACCAAGCACCGGUUGAGUGGAUGCUAGAAUAAAGAAGCAGGAAUAUAAUGCUGCAACACGGCAGGAAGCCUGUAGAUGCCUCGA